UACUUCUCAAAUAUCAUGCUCCAGCUCAUACUUCUCAAAUCUCAAGCUGUUCCUGAAGAAGAGAUGAAGAUGCUGCAGUUGGUUCUGAUUCUGCUCGUGCUGUCUGGUGUUUUCACUCAGGACAGUAAAUGGGGUGUGAAAUAUCCUGAUAAACCGAUCUGUGCUGUGAGAGGAUUCAAUGUCUCCAUUAACUGUAGUUAUUCUUAUCCACAAGGUCAUCAGGUGAAACAAAAGCUUUGGUGCUCGAUGAACUCAAACACAGAUUGGUGUUUAUAUCCACCGUAUGUUUACGACAGUUCAUCAAACACCAAGUCAGACUUUGAGUUCACUGGAGACGACAAAUCAGACUGUACUUUAUUAAUCCACAAUGUACAGUUCAGAUAUUCUGGAGUUUACAAAUUCAAAUUUAUUACUAACGUGACCGGUGGUAGAUGGACAGGUGAACCUGGUGCGACUCUACAAGUUACAGAUUUAAAGGUGUCACUAAUCAGACUCAGUGGAAACGGAACCCUUAAACAAGGAGACUCCUUAAAUCUGAUGUGUGAUGUGAGCUGCACAAACACUUCCUCACAGUUUGUGUGGUCUAAGAACAACCAGCGUUUAAAUACAUCAGGACCCGUUCUUCACUUUCCUGCUCUAACCCUGAGGGAUUCUGGGGAUUACACCUGCACUUGGGGAACCGGUGAGACGUCAGGAUCUGAAACCAUCAGCCUUCACGUGGAGGACUUAGGUUUAGACACCAUGCCAAAAUUCCGUGAAAUAGAAGCACUUCAUCCUCCUCCUCCUCAUCUUCAUCCUCCUCCUCCUCCUCCUCUGUUGGCCAACAGAUACGUCAUUCAUAAGAGACUCGGUAGAGGAAGUUUCGGCACUGUUUAUCUCAUUGAAGACACAAAAACGUCCAGAGACAAACUGUGAGUACUUUCACAAAGAUCACAUUUCAUCUUUAAUGAUAGUUAAUGGUAGUUAUAUAUCAUUUAUUUAAUUAUUGUGUAGUAAAACGUGUGAGAGUAAAAUGUUUGUGUACAAAAUAGAUCACAGAACAAACACACAAACAUAAACAAUCCUUCUUGUAAUAGGUAUAAACCCUACAGACAGAACGGUAGGAAAUGUAUUUAAUUUUCAGUUAUUUUAUAUUUUUAUUUAUUAAUAGCUUUAGUAGCGCUUCUACUGUUGGCCGCUAGAUGUCAGUGUUGUGUUUCGGCGCAGGUGGGAUUCCGUUAUUUCCAUCUAUUUGUUUAAUUUUAUUUUGUUUGGCUGUAAAAAGUAAGUAAGUAAGUAAGUAAGUAAGUAAGUAAGUAAAUAAAUAAAUAAAUAAAUAAAUAAAUAAAUAAAGAGCAAAUGCACAUUUUAACAUUGUGUACAAACCUUUUAAUAGUAAUUUGUAUGAUUUAUAACAACCUCAAC